GCGCGUGAUGACAAAAGCAAAAAUAUUUCCCUCCUUCUUUUUCGCAUGCAAACAAAUAUCAGCAACACCGUCAACGCGAAUUUAAAAAGUUGUUUUGUUACCGGGUUAAAACGAAAGCUUAAAUUUAAACCAUUAUUCUACAAUUCACAAAACUAACACUUAUCAAAGCGACAUCCAAUAUGCAAACAAUAUUCAAGCUGACAGCGGCAGCACCGAUAUACAUACAAAAUUUAAUUAGCCCAACAAGCCAGUUCCGAUGUGCUACAGUGGUGUCUAAGUUUUAUAAAACAAGACACUAUGCUAAUGAAGCUUCCGAAAAAGACGAACUGCAGGAAAAUGAAAAGAAAUUGACAAUUGAACUCGAAACUUCGAGGAAAGAGAUCCAAUCGCUUAAUAAUAAAAUAAGUGAGCUUGAAGAUAAGUAUAAAAGAGCUCUUGCAGAUGGAGAAAACAUGCGACGUCGUUUGACAAAGCAGAUUGAAGAUGCAAAGCUAUUUGGUAUUCAAGGAUUUUGUAAGGAUCUUCUCGAAGUAGCGGAUAUAUUAGGACAUGCAACUGAAGCUGUACCAAAAGAAGAGAUUUCAGAUAACAAUCCUCAUUUGAAGAAUCUGUACGAAGGACUUACAAUGACAAAGGCACAACUUAAUCAAGUAUUCAAACGUCAUGGCUUGGAACAAGUUAAUCCACUGAAUGAAAAGUUCAACCCCAAUCUUCACGAAGCGUUAUUUCAGCAGGAAGUGGAGAAUGCAGAACCAAACACAAUUGUAGUGGUGAGUAAAAUUGGAUACAAGCUGCAUGAGCGGUGCAUACGACCUGCGCUGGUAGGAGUAGCGAAAGGAUAAAUCAAACAGAAAAUAUAUUGCGACUAAAACAACUUUGUUAUCACGAUUUGUAUAUUGAAAAGGGCAAUAAUAUAUUUCACAAUAAUUUAGUUAAAAAGGGGGUUCAUCUUAAUAAUAAGAAAUUAUUUUGCAUUAAACUGAUACCUUUAUUCUCAACAGUAAUUUACGUAUUUUAAGCAUAUAUGUAUAUCCAUCCAGUGUAUGCAGUAUUUUUGUUGAAAGAAACGGCUUGAAAUAUAAUUUCUGAGAAAUUCGGAUCAUCUAAAUACAAAAUUAACCAGAAUGAGAAAAAAAGGUACAACAGGGUAAAAUAAAGCUUUUCUAGAAACUAUGUUAGAAACCCUGC